CUAGGGUUUUUAAGGACCAGGUUUCUCCCUACCCACACUCCCAUAUUCUCUCUGCCGCAUUGGCUAGGGUUUCCCAACACUGCUCACUCUCCUUGCUAACUCAUCUCCUCGCCUCCCAAACACUCCUACCCUAAACUACUAUCAGUCAGCAAUGGAUUUAAGCAAUCAAUAAGGGUCUCUUGGUUGCUAUUUUAAAGAAAACACGCUAAAGGACUCUAUAAUUACUUGUGCUUAUCAGAAACUCAAAGAGAGAAAUGGCAACCGCGAACCCUUUUUAUAUCCUUGGUGAUGAUGACAACAAUGAGGACCUUUCUCAGCUCGUUGCCGCGGCUCAGCUUAAGGCAGCUGAGAAGCCCAAGAAGGUUGAUAAGCUAGCUGCUCCUACUUCUCAGCCUGCCAAACUCCCCACCAGGCCUGCUCCCCCUGCUCAAGCUGUGAGGGAAGCAAAGAAUGAAGGUGGCCUUGGAGGUGGCCGUGGAGAAGGACGUGGGCGUGGGCGUGGUCGCGGUGGCAGUGGUGGAUUUAACAGAGAUUCAAAUAACAAUGAAACUUCCUUCACUGGCAAUGGAUUCUCUGGACGAUCCAGACCAUCUGAAGAUGGGGAGGCUGCCGAGAGACGCGGAUAUGGUGCACCUCGUGGUGGUUUCCGUGGCAGUCGCCGUGGCGGUUAUAGCAACGGGGAAGAUAGAGAAGGUGAACGCCCCCGAAGGUUGUAUGAACGUCACAGCGGCACUGGUCGCGGGAAUGAGAUUAAGCGUGAAGGGUCCGGCCGUGGUAACUGGGGAACUCCUACUGAUGAAAUUGCUCCGGAGACUGAAGAUCCUGUUGUUGACAAUGAGAAGAAUGUCAUAACUGAGAAGCAGCAAGGAGAGGAGGAUGCUGCAGAUGCCAAUAAGGACACUGCUGAGAAAGAGCCAGAAGAGAAGGAGCCAGAAGAGAAGGAGAUGACAUUAGAAGAGUAUGAGAAGGUUCUUGAAGAAAAAAGGAAGGCUCUGCUUGAUCUGAAGACCGAGGAGAGGAAAGUUGGCUUGGACAAAGACUUACAGUGCAUGCAACAGCUCUCAAGUAAGAAGAGCAACGAUGAAAUCUUUAUCAAACUGGGUUCUGAGAAGGACAAACGAAAAGAUGCUGCUGACAAAGAAGACAGAGCCAAGAAGGCUGUCAGUAUAAAUGAGUUCCUGAAGCCUGCUGAAGGGGAGAGGUCCUACAACCCUGGUCGUGGUGGUCGAGGCCGUGGCCGUGGAAGGGGUGCAUAUGGAAGCGGCUAUGGAAGCAAUGCUCGUGAUGUGGCAGCCCCCUCUAUUGAAGACCCUGGGCAGUUCCCCUCCUUGGGUGGCAAGUGAGAUUUCACUGGCUUUUGUCAUCACAUUGAUUUUCCCUGUGUGGAAUUCCUUGUGAUCUAAUUGGAGAGUUCUGAGUCGAAGGUUAUCAAUGGGAAUUAUGAUUUCCCGUGUCAAAAACCAUCUCAAACAUCUAGUCUUUGGGUGUAUACUUCAGAUUAUUCCUGUGAUUCCUUCUCAACUUUCAUAACGCGUGCAUACCCCUUUUUUUGUUUGAAUUAGGGCAUAUGGAGUCUUGGACUCGGUGGCAUCAGUUUUGGUUUGUUGUAGGGUAACAUUUUUUUUAUUAGUUUUUUAAUUUAUUUUCC